UCGGGAAGGAUGGGAAAGGGAUACAAGGUGGUGGUUUGUGGAAUGGCCUCAGUGGGAAAGACUGCAAUUUUGGAGAAACUUCUCUAUGGAAAGCAUGCUGUUGGCUCGGAAGAGAGGGCCACAAUGGAAGAUGUGUAUUUGGCAUCGGUGGAGACGGACCGGGGCGUGAAGGAGCAGUUAAGGCUGUAUGACACCAGGGGGCUGCAGGAAGGUGUGGAACUGCCGAAGCACUACUUCUCUGUCGCCGACGCCUUCGUUCUGGUGUACGCCGUCACCAGCCUCCAAGCUUUCCAAAGGGUUGAGCUGCUCAAGAAGGAGAUUGACGUCUUUAGAGACAAGAAGGAGGUAACAGUUAUUGUCCUGGGAAACAAAACUGACCUCCUGGACCAAAGAGAAGUGGAAACAGAAGCAGCACAGCAAUGGGCAAGGGCCGAGAAAGUGAGACUGUGGGAAGUGACUGUGACGGAACGAAAAACACUGCUUGAGCCCUUCACCUUCCUAGCUAGCAAACUCUCCCAGUCACAGAACAAAUCAACCUUUCCCUUGCCUGGGAGGAAGAGCAAAGGGAAUAACUGUGAUAACUAAGCUACCUUGGCAUAGUCCUCUGCUGCCAGGCCACAGCCUAAGUCCUUCCUGUGCCAUUUGCUUCUUAGAGUUGCACUCAAGCAAUAAUCUCA